ACAGGUAACCCAAAGGCGAUAUUUACAUAAAAAGCAUGUAUUUAUCAACAUCAACGUUCUACAUAAGAGUCAGAGCAUUGAGUCACAUUCGUACACUUGUUCCCGAACUAGUUUCUUCUGAUUUUAGUUUUAUCUCUCAUAUCGCCAACCGGCCAAGCCAAGUCUGCUGCCGCGCAUGGCGUUUCCCCUUGUGCGUCUUUCAAAAAUGUCCUUUCUCACUAAAACGUGCCGACUUUCAAACCUUCUGCGACGACAUCCGAAACGUCAGUUCUUUUUCCGACCCCUCAGCGACAACACCGACGUCAGCAGAAACCCGUACUACUCCAAGUACGCUCACAAAAUCAAGGAGCUCGAGCAGCGCGAUCCGGAAGAAAUCAAACGCCGCCUCACAGCCAGCAGCGCGGGACCGCCGACUCCAUCCCCGCCUGCUUCGGCCGACGUCUCGUCAUCUUCGGCCUCCGAACCUCGUCCCGAACCGCGGUCGAAACAGCCCAGUUACACCAAGCCCAAGCCGCUAGACCCCGACACCCUGCUCGAGCUGCGGGGCAAGUCCAGCUCGGAGUUGACCGAAGCGUGGAGAAAGCUGCACUCGGACAGGGAUGCCGUGUGUGCCGUGCUGCCGAGCGCAGUUUACGAGAGGAUCCACGAGCGCGCCCUCGAGUUCCCCGUGUUCCUGUUUCCCCUACCACGUGAGAACGGCUACGAGUUCGUGUUGUCCCAGUUUCUCGGCGACCAGUGCCACAUGACGCCGCUGGCUGCCUACCAGCGAUACGCCAGCGAAGCGCCGCCGUGCUUGUCGCUCACGUUUCGCACCGAACUCAGUCCGGAACGCGGGGUCACACUCAUGAGUGGGGAGUACGACCCCGGGCUGUUGGGGCCGGCGCAGGCGCAGUGCCUGGUCAAUCAACUCCAGUUGUACUACGGUGGGAGCGAGCUCAAAAAGAAGCUGCUGCUGUGGAACUUCAAUCGCGAGCCUCUAUCCUUCAAGCACGAGGAGCUCGUGCGCGAGUUCGAACGGUCAUUGGCUGCCGCAGGCGAGUAGGUUAAGGUCGAUUAUGAAGGCUGGAUCACGCGCUUGCGCUUUGGUCGCCGCCGAAUACGUUGUGCAGCCGUGUGAUCGCUUAGGACAAGAGUAUGCAUCCAUCUUCCACCAUGGGUUUGCAAAACCUUUGACAAUGUUACAAACAACUAUUUCUUAUACGAUGCAUAUACUGCAAGACUUUCCUUAGUUUGACCUCGGAGAUUCUUGGCACACAAAACUCUCCUCUGGCCCUUCUAAAUACUUGUUUACCCAGCUGGAGCUUAUAGUCCAGCUUCUCUAGAGCUCUGCAAGUAGGUCACCAAUCGUCCCGAAUUUUGUGGGACUGCCCCGACUUUUCGCGAAGUAUCCCGAGUCCCGCGUUGUCUCUGUCAAAACAACGGUAUGUCCCGGAUUUGGCUCUUAUAGACUUGCCUCUCAUUACCUUCUGCCAAAUGCUGCUCGGCUGGUGCACUGGCUCUGGCUGUGCCUCUUUAUCCAUCCUUUGCUAAGAGGUAGCUUCUAGCUAGCUGGCCCUGAUCAUUAGUAAACAGUGGGAGAGGUUGCACAAACUGCCACUGUGGCGAAAGGGCGGUAGCUGUCAAAGCCUUGCCGACAGCAAAGACGUGGCAAGAAUACAUCCGAGGUACACUUGAGAGAUGUGGAAGACCAAACGGAAACGAUGGGUCAAAUGAAACUAAGAUAUCAUGAAAGAAACAACAUAAAGUAAGGGUGAUCUGUGAGGAAACAAUGAGCAUGAUGUUUUGCCUGCCUAGUCUUGCAAAGAAAAUUAUAUUUUGGGGUCCGAAACUUUCAUUAUGCCUUAUUAAUUGACUCGCCACUACUUAUUUACCAACAAGAUUGGACACACAUUUUAUCUGAAAACAAUCUGGGGUGCAUUUAUUUUACAUCUUUCUCCAUUUUAAUGGAGCAACACUGGGACUUCAACCUUAAGAAAGCUUCCUCGAAAACUAAAUGUUUGUUGUGGUGAGAAGCAGCGAGCGUAAUUAAGGCAAACGAGCGCAUUUUUACUACACGAGCAGCUAACCGAGCAAGCCCAACAAUGACAAUUUGUGGCCCUGUACCUAGCUUCGUUGUGCAGCACAAACGGCCGUGAGUAAUUCUUCUCUUUAUGGCAGUUUCCUUGCAAAUGUAAUGACCAGAGGAGAGUGUUGUGCACUAAGAGUCUCGGAGGCGAUGUCUAGUUAAAUGCAGUUCUAGGGCUAUCUCAUAGAUGGUGCCAGUGUGUUCUUUUAUAUGGCUUUGACUAGGUGGCCCAAGCGGCCACCCAAUUGGGAAAGUUCAGCUGUAUCCAUCCAUCCAUCUACCAUCACAAGGGAGCACAAGACUGCAUGAUGCGCUCCGUUGACAUCUAACGCUAGUGUUUGAACCAGCAUUGAGGUGCCUCCAGGGAAAAUCUUGAACUCGACCAAUGACCGUGAAAGGUUUUGAUUAGCGGCAACGCUGAGUGGCAUACGUUUGAUCCCAACGGUGAACUAUGUGGUGCUUGCAAAGGCCGUCCGACGUUUUACAGUACGACUUGUUUGCUCCUCUUGCUAGUUGGUGGUGCUGCUAACGAGGUGUAAUUGAUGUGUCCGUAAACAGAUUUGAAUUUAGUUUCCUUACCUCGAAGUGCCCGAAGGCAUUAUACACGGGGGGAGAAAAAGAAGAGUAUAGUCGGACAGUAAAGAAACUAUUGAUAUACAAAAACGAUAUUACAUUUUAUGUGCACAAAGUAUAUGCGGGGUCCAGAAGAAAAAGGCAGUGCAGCCCUGCUUUUCGGCACGCAUAAUUAAGCUCUGCAUCGCAGAAAGCCGACAUUCCGCUUAAAUGUGAUGCUAGUGAUGCUUACCGCAGCCAACAAAAUUAAUUACUUAUAUUCCAAGGUGUGGGGUUGCUGAAUUCAGGAUGCCGAAGCUUAGGGAAGAGUGCUACUUCAACAGCAUGUCCUCCAAAAUAUUUAGACAUAUAGACCAAGGGUCACAAACCCACCUCCAAAAAGGUCAAGGGCCAACCAGAGGGAGGGGGAAGGGGGGGUGAAAUAUUUUGGUAAUUUGGGACAAAAAGAAACGGCGAUGCUGUUUUAGGUUGGAAAGCAGUACUUUCUCCCAGCGACACCUCAAGCAUUUUCUAGAGAAGGGACACUGUGCUCUCUGCCUUUUCUAAGCUUGCCGUUUUGCCAGUGACACCUUUUCCUCUGAUUUGCAUAUACGUCUAUGUUUGGCCCACCACUAAUGUGGUAAGAUGUAAAACGCCAACGUGCUGGCAGCUAUGAAUAAAACGGGAGCAUUCA